AUGGCCGGGCUGCUGGCGCUGCUGGGCCCGGCGGCCAGGGUGGGCGCCCGGGCUCGGCCUCGCGUCACCUGGCUCCUCGGCGCCGCCGCCCCGUGCGCCCCGCCGCCUCUGGCUCUGGCCCCGCUCCGGCCCGGGCCGGACGUCCGGCUGCUGCGCUCGGCUCGCGGGGACUGCCGCGGGCGCCAGGACCCCAGCAGAGUGACCGAGGUCACAGGCAGCGCUGUGGGCAGCACAGGAGGUAGCAGGCAAAGCAAGGCACAGCAGCUGCGAAAGAUCUUCCAGGAGUACGGAGCCGUUGGCGUGUCACUGCACAUUGGGAUCUCGCUCAUCUCCCUGGGCUUGUUCUACACGGUGGUUUCAAGCGGUGUGGACAUGUCUGCAAUCCUGCUUAAACUCGGAUUUAAAGAGUCGCUGGUCCAGUCCAAAAUGGCAGCAGGCACGAGCACUUUCGUGGUGGCCUACGCAAUCCACAAGCUGUUUGCGCCUGUGAGAAUCAGCAUCACCUUAGUCUCUGUGCCCUUCAUUGUCAGAUAUUUUCGGAAAGUAGGAUUUUUUAAACCUCCAGCUGCAAAACCUUAAUGAGCUUUUCAGUAGUGAGCACUGAAAACCUUCCUUUUAAGUGAGUUUUGAUAAGUUUUAGCAUUAUAGGGUGGGGGCGGGGACAGAUCUAAUUGUGUUCCCAUGAAUUUUACCUUUGCCAGCAAAAGUCAGGAUUUGAAUUAUAGUUUUUGCUUCAUAAGUUUUGUUUAUGCUGCCUAUCCUACGACUUGUAUAUAUAAUUUUAAAUGUCAGCAAGACAUCGCAGAUGAGCCAACAUCUCAACACAAAGCCUAAGAGGUGUUCCUUUUGGGACAUCAUUGGUCAGGGGCCCUGCAAAAGCCCCAAGGGGCUGAUCCUUGCUCAAAUCCUUAAGCAAAUGAGUUAACGUAAAGGUUCCCCUUCAUCUGAUGUUUGUCAGCUGCCUGCAGUUUAAUAUGCAGUAUUCUGCAAAACAGCUGCCAGUGCUACAGUGAAUGAAGUGAAACUUAACAGUAUGCAAUCAGGAUCCAAAUUAGCACCAUCACAUUCAUUACACUUGUUUCGAGUAAAGAAAAACAAGUGUUCCUAGAAACACCUUCCAAUCUGGACGUAAGGCCCUAUCUGAUGGUUUUCCAGCAACCUCGCUACCAGCGAUCAGCACUGUUUGCCUGUUUAGGGAAACAUGGGAACCCUGCCAAGAGUAAUGGCAGCACGUGGCUCCUAUGCCUGCCUUCACAGAGCAAUCUGGGUACCACACAUACAGAAAGCUAAGGUGAUCUUAGCUUUUCUCAGACAAUCCACUUUAUCUCAAACUCGACAUUCCAGAACUAUCAAUGUUUACACUAUCACUUUUUUUAGUUAAUUAUGCAGAAAGAUUUUGUACUACCUCCUAAAAAGGAAGAUUCACCCAUUGCUAACACUGGGAGGCAACCAUGAAAUAAUUCAGACUGGAGAGGAAGGGGGAACAGGCAGGUGUAAUUAUAGGCUACCAAGCCAGCUUUACCCCAUUAGGGAGGGGGUGUGUGUUAAGAAUAGAAAUUCAAGCAUAGAGACCCACUGAGUCGUCUUCCGGGAGGAGCAGGCAGAUGGAAAAGGAAUUUCCAUCCUGCCCACAUCAUUUAAGUCUCUCCUCCCAGCCCCGCCAGGCGCUCGCUCCAGACUCCCAGAAGCAGAACUGAGCUGCACUGGCCUUCCUGGCUCCUAGUUCCUUUACAGGUUACACUGUGGCGAUCAGAAAACUUACCUGCCCUGGUCUUGAGAUCUGACUGCUGACAGUUCCUUACUUCGUCCAGCUGUCCGUGUCACUGACCUUAAUUUAACAUUGGACCACACUUCUUUUCCUAAGCCAGUCAGCCCGUUGCCAGAAGGUUUAAUGACGUAAACCUGGAAUGCCUUUCUGGGAUCUAAUUCCAGGGACCUUGCAGCUGAGAGUGCCAGGGCCCAUACCAGGCGAUGGCUUUUGCACUGGAUAGAGCUUUUGCCUCCCAUCCUGUGUUUAAGCAGUGAUUUGUUAGCUUCCGGCUCCUAACCACAGUCUGCCAGUUUCCCUUUUGGAUCCCUGGGAAUGCCUAUGCAAAAAAAAAAAAAAAGCCUACAAGAGGUCUUUAGAUUAAGGGCUUAAAUCUCAAACUCGGAAGUAAUGGGAGUGGACUCAAAGGACAAGCAAUAAGACUAAUAGCAAACAGCCAUAUCACCGUCUCCCAGCCCCAGCCCCCCCCCCCCCCCACUCCUGUGGCCACACCAAUAACUGAAAACCCCGGGGAGGACCAGGGAACUACUGUGGGAGUUCACCAGCAAGAUGUACAGACUGCUUGUAUUCAUUGUUUAUAUGGAACUAGGAAAUAAAACAGCUAUUUUAAAAAACGUAA